AUGGCCAGAUUCACUCAGACUGAAACAAGAAGGCAGCAGCAUCCCCAGCAGCCCCAGCCCGCUCACUCCAGCCUGGUUUGCACCGGACCGGGGGCUCCGCCGACACAACCACUCCUCCUUAUCCCUCACCAGCACCAGCACCCUCAGAUCACAUUCCCCAAAUCCAUGAACGGGUCAGAACCCAUUUCAAUUCAUCCGGAGAGCGGCAACAUGAAAGACCAAGAUGCCAUUAAGCUGUUUAUCGGGCAGAUACCGCGGAACUUGGAAGAAAAAGACCUGAAACCCCUGUUUGAACAGUUUGGGAAAAUCCACGAACUGACAGUUCUCAAGGACCGAUACACCGGCAUGCACAAAGGUUGUGCAUUUCUCACCUACUGCGCCCGUGAGUCAGCCAUCAAGGCCCAGAACGCCCUCCAUGAACAGAAAACACUGCCAGGGAUGACUCGCCCCAUCCAGGUGAAACCAGCCGACAGCGAGAGUCGUGGAGAAGACAGGAAGUUGUUUGUGGGGAUGCUGAACAAACAACAGACCGAGGAGGAUGUUUACCGCCUCUUCGAACCCUAUGGAGUCAUCGAGGAGUGCACUGUCCUAAGAGGUCCUGACGGAAACAGUAAAGGUUGCGCCUUUGUUAAGUUCUCCACACACACCGAGGCUCAGUCAGCAAUCGGUGCCCUGCACGGCAGCCAGACCAUGCCAGGUGCUUCCUCGAGCUUGGUGGUCAAGUUUGCCGACACAGACAAGGAGCGCACUAUCAGACGCAUGCAGCAGAUGGUCGGGCAGUUUGGCAUCUUUAAUCCAGCCAUCGCCCUUCCCUUCAGCACGUACAGCUCCUACGCACAUGCGCUCAUGCAGCAGCAGGCCGCCAUCAUGGCAGCAAGUCAAGGAGGUUACCUCACGCCGAGCGUGGCUUUUCCCACCACACAGAUACACCAGAUGGGGGCGCUCAACAUCAACAGCCUCCCACCCACUCCCAUGACCCCGGUGUCGGGUGAGUUUCAUCAAGCCCUGGCAGGCCUCAGUUCUCCGCCAGCCAACAUCACCACCUCCGCUGUGCCCAGCAUCGUCACGCCCAUCGUCAACGGAUUCACCGGCAUCCCACAUCAGCCCAACGGCCACCCCGCCGUGGAGACCGUGUACACCAACGGCCUGCCGCCCUACUCCACCCAGAGCCCCACGGCUGCUGACACCCUCCAGCAAGCCUUCACCGGUGUACAGCAAUACACAGCAAUCUACCCAGCCACCACGCUGACUCCCAUUGGCCAAACACUGCCCCAACCACCCCAGGUCAUCCAGCAGCAGCAGCAGAGAGAAGGUGAGGGACCGGAGGGUUGUAAUUUGUUCAUCUACCACCUGCCACAGGAGUUUGGAGACAAUGAACUCAUGCAGAUGUUUUUGCCCUUCGGUACCGUCAUCUCUUCAAAGGUUUUUAUGGACCGGGCAACCAACCAGAGCAAGUGCUUUGGUUUUGUGAGCUUUGACAACCCUGCUAGUGCGCAGGCAGCUAUUCAGGCCAUGAACGGCUUUCAAAUCGGGAUGAAGAGGUUGAAAGUCCAGCUAAAGAGACCGAAGGAUGCCAGCCGCCCUUACUGACACAGCCUACCUUUAGUAUUCACUGCAGCAGCACAGGUUUUAGAGGACACAUGAAGAUAUCUUGGAGGAGAUGAACUUUUUUUCUUUGAAAGCAAAAUAUGUUUAAAAAAAAAAAAUCAACAUGUAAGGAGUUUUUUGGAGACAUAUCAGCAUUUACACAAGAAGACAUAGAUUAGGGCAGAAUUGUGAAGGAGGAGGCGUUUCACCGAGGGACGAGCGGUAACCGAUGGCACAGUGCGCGAACGGCGAGAAGAAAAAAAAUAAGUGGAAAGAGGUGUGAUGAGACUGAACAACAGAACUUUUUUUCUUGUUGAGACUUGAAUUGUUAAUUAAGCAACAAACUAACAAACAAAAAAGCAGCAACAACAAAUAGAUUUAUAUAUACAUAUUAUAUACACACACAUAUAUAUAUCUAUAAGGAAAGAGGCGCUUGUGGCUUUUACUGGACAAAUGAGGGUUAAAACUUGAAGAUUAAAAAAAACAGUGGAGAAAAGAAGCUAUUCUAUACAUCCACAAACAGACUUUCUUUCUCUUUCCCUCUUUCUCUUGUUCUCUCACCGUUUCUCUAAGCAAGCGCAGAGCUAUGACUCUUGGAGGUCACUGAGGUUUCCAUAAGCAACAGUAGAACUGCAAUUCUUUCAGCCCUAAGGGACCAAAGGACCAAACAUUUUUAUUGUUCUGAACAGUAAUAUAUAGUAUUAAUGACACUAAUACUACAAACUACUACUAAUACUAUUACAAGUUAAACUUAAGAAGAAAUACUAGCUUCAGGUUGAAAAAAAAAGAGCAAGGGUUUUCGAUUUCUUUUUCCUUUUACAUUUAUAGCUACUGGGUUUGAGAAUAUUAAAACAUAACAAAAAAUGUAUAAAAAAAAAAAAUUAAUGAUAAAGCUGUACUAUUUUAGCUGCGUAGAAUAUAUGGGUUAGACGUUGUUUCGGGCAUGUUCAGAUAUGUUCUUUUUUGCCACUUCAUCUGCAUCCCAGGAUUCAUCUCGGAAGUGGGAUCUUUCUGUGUUAUUGUGCCGCGAGGAGAGCAAAAGAGUCCUGCAGUGCCGAGAGAGAUGCACCUCCGCAUAGCAAAAAUUCAAGGAGCCACAGCUGAUUUGGCAAACCGAUACUGCCCUCUGCUCUUGUCAGCAUGCUGCGGUUCCAUAACUGAUCGUCAUUGCGAGUCAUUCCGUGUCAUCGUUAAAGGCCUUGAUAGUACAGAUAAUCUGACCAUAAAGCACUGUGGUAAAAGUGCCACCCGGGCUGAGAUGGUUAGGCAGCAGUAAAAGGGCACAGCAUCUGUAGCCGCUUAAUGGAACAUACAAAUGAGCCUGACAGCAGUUGUAAAAAUUUCCGCGGGUGCGUCAUGGUGGUCCCUGCCGGGUUGUGCCCUCUCCCACUGCCAAACUCCUCCAGCUGCUCUCUGCAGGCAAAGAGGAGACUCUCCCCCCUUUUUCCUCUCCCCUCCUUCACCUCCAAGUGCCAGGAUAUCUCUCUCUCUCUUUACAGAGGCCAUCAGUUCACCAUCAGGGGCCCCAAACCUAACCCCCAGCAUAAUUACGGUGAUAUUGAUCAGAUGGGGAGCAGCACCGCAGGGCAAGAGAUGCGCAGUCAAUUACACAUUGGCAUUUUGGAUGAAUUGACUGAGAGACAGAGUUCGGGUUUGGACAGGAAUCUUUUUCUCUCCUAUCAUGAAUAUUUUCACUUGCGAUCUGAUGGAAUCUGAGAGUGGCAUCACAUCCUAUUUCAAGGCACUUAAAAAAAAAAAAAAGUCUGAAAUUUCCUACAACAAGUUCUGUAUAUAGUGUUUAAAGUAGAUCAUACAAGUUCUUCAGUGAAGAGCAGCUGUAAUUUAAUUUUAUUUAUUUUUUUCCUGGGAAGGGUAUAAUAGCACAGUAAGAGCGCAUACACAGCGAGUGGCAGCAUGGCAUUACCAGCCUUAGGAGGUCAAAUUAAGAGCAAAAUGAUCCAUCAAUUAGACAGCAGCAGGCCUGUAAGUGUGGCUGCUACAGCUGCUGCUGCGUCAACAGGACGACAGCUUACCAUUAGCACUGGUCACACGUGGCUCCCGUACAGUGUGGUCGUGACACAUCACGCUGCAUAAGAGAUGAUAAAUUAACUAAACCAGUAUCAUCCAUCGUGACGUUUUCUGUACUGAGACACACACACUCCGUACAUCCGAGAUGAAAUCGCUUUCAUGUUUGCUUGCUUUGGCAGAUUCACCUUUUCUUUUCUUUUUUUUUUCCAAUGAGUUGUUUUUGUUAAUUAGACUUUUUUUUUUUCUCAAAAUGCCAUCCAUUUGUUGACUCAGUUUGCUCUCUGAAGCAUCUUGCCCCUCAGGACUCUGUGAGACUGCAGCACACUCAUCGACGCACUAAGGUUUAGACACAUCAGUGCUCCAGACAUGGAAUCACGACGCCUGUCCUGUCCACUGAACCAGCGUCUCCAGAAAACACAAUGACUACGCCUUCGUGGACUGUUACAACAAAUGUUUCCUCCAGAACGACCCUUCACAUUCUUUUUGCUGUUUCUUUGGCUCAGCUGCUGUUUUUAUUUUGUGUGAUUGCUGGUUCACGAUCUCCAUAUUAUUAGAAAGGGGGGGUGAAGACCUCUCGGCAGACCUUAGGCCACGGCGUUCCCUGCGUUCACUGUAUGUUGCUCUUUCGCAAGCAGUAUUUAGAUGCUGUAAGAAACUAUUUUUAGAUAUGCCUUUUUCUCAUCAUGAAUUGCCAAAUUAUGCAAGCAUAUCCACUGCAGUUCCUCAUCAGACUCUAAACUUGUGCCAGAUUUCCUUAAAAAAAAAAAAAAGUAGUCUUUUUAGCAGAAUGAAAUAUAUGAUUUUUUUGAAAUAGUGUAACAUUGUAGAAAAGAGGGUCAGCUCAGGCUGUAAUGAUAUACAAUAAAGAUUUCCAGUGAAAAGGUUAGAUUUCGUAUAUAUUUGCCAGAAGACAGCUUCUUUUCCCGGUCAAGUUAAUGUGAGUUUCCUGGCUGCUGUCAGGGCCGAGCAGCUUGAGGAAGCUGUGAUAUAUGGCCUCCUUCCCGCAGGCCAUACAGGGCUUUAUAAACCCUGUCAAAAAACCUUUUCUUGUGGGAUUUCUACUUGAGAGUGUUUCUUGUUUUUUAAUUAUUAAAAUCAAAUUAAGUUUAGCCUUCACAACAGCAAAUUAAUAAAGACCAGCUGUGACUGGAAUGCAAUGAGUUUAAAAGACGAGAGGUUUGUUUAAAGGCAUCCACUCAGAGCAAGUAGAACUACUGGAGGAAAACAGGUGCAUGGGCCAAGACGUACAUAUCUAUUACACAAGAGAGCCGUCAAAAGAUGGACUUCCUCCCCCCAAAAGUGAGUUGUUUAACAUCUGUGAAUGGCUAAAACUUAAAUGAAGCAGUAGAAAUAAUCCCUGUAGUGUUCUAAUUAGGUUGCAUGUGGUUGAGCUGAAGUUGAUCUUUAACGUAGUUUUCACUUUUGCAUCCUUUUUUUAAACCAUUUCUUCUUUUAAUAUUUGUCAUGCUACCAUGGUGCCCUUUCAAUCUCUGAGCAUGCUCAACGAGGGAGAGUUUAAGAUUACGAUUCUGGUACUGCUCGUAUUAACAAUAUAAUUCUUUAACUAUGGUUUGAAUGCUAAGGAUAGUAGCUCAUUAUAAAUAUGAAAUCUGUAUAUUGUGGAAAAAUCAGCACAGGACCUUUCUUUGGGUGCAUAUAGGUUAGGGUUUGAAGGGGAGGGGAGGGGAGGAGGGUUUCGCUUUAUAAAGAUGCUAACUUUCUGGUUUCUCAGCACAAAGCGUACAAAAACAUAGAAACUGCAGUAUGGAGUCUGUGAGCAGACUUUACUGACACACAGGGCGCAAAAAGAGGAUUCUCAGUACUAUUCUUUAAAUCUGGAGGAGAAAAUGCUGUUUACAGGUAAAAUUGUUCUUCUUGUUUGUUUGUUUUUUGUUUAUAUUAUAUUUUUCUUCUGUUUUUUGUUGUUUUUUUCUUCUUUUUUUUUUUUUAAAGGAGAGCGCCACCUGUUUUUUGUGGCAUUGGCAGAACAGCAUGGAUUACCAGACAGGGAAAGCAGUAUCUUUUUAUAAAAAAAAAGAACUUAAAAAAAUGGAAGAAAAAAAAAGUAUGUGUUCUGUAUUAGCCUGAGAAACCAAACAUUUUUCCCCUGUUGAAAUUUCUUAAAACUUGCUGCUUUGAUUACUUCAUAUUAAUGAUUGAUGAUUUAAUAAUUUUAUAAUUAAU